GUGUUGCCCACCAACCCUGAGGAGAGCUGGCAGGUGUACAGCUCCGCCCAGGACAGCGAGGGCAGGUGUAUCUGCACAGUGGUCGCCCCCCAGCAGACCAUGUGCUCGCGGGACGCCCGUACGAAACAGCUGCGGCAGCUGCUGGAGAAGGUGCAGAACAUGUCCCAGUCCAUAGAGGUGCUGGACCGGCGGACUCAGCGGGACCUGCAGUACGUGGAGAAGAUGGAGACCCAGAUGAAAGGCCUGGAGUCCAAGUUCAAGCAGGUGGAGGAGAGCCACAAGCAACACCUGGCCAGGCAGUUCAAGGCGAUAAAAGCGAAAAUGGAUGAACUUAGGCCUUUGAUACCCGUGUUGGAAGAGUACAAGGCCGAUGCCAAAUUGGUUUUGCAGUUUAAAGAGGAGGUCCAGAAUCUGACGUCAGUGCUUAACGAGCUGCAAGAGGAAAUUGGCGCCUAUGACUACGAUGAGCUGCAGAGCAGAGUGUCCAAUCUUGAAGAGAGGCUCCGUGCGUGCAUGCAAAAGCUAGGGUGUGGGGGGGGCCGUGGCAUCCUUCCCUUUUCAUCUUCCCCUCCCGGCUCCUCUCGUGGGAGAGGCGCUGCCUGGGGCGGAGCCCCCGGCUCCCGGCACCGCUCACCCUGUCUGCUCUGCCCGCAGGUGUGGUACAUGGACGGCUACCACAACAACCGCUUCGUGCGCGAGUACCGGUCGCUGCAGGACUUCAUGACCACGGACAACUUCACGUCGCACCGGCUGCCCCACCCCUGGUCGGGCACGGGCCAGGUGGUCUACAACGGCUCCAUCUACUUCAACAAGUUCCAGAGCCACAUCGUGAUCCGCUUCGACCUGCGCACCGAGAGCAUCCUCAAGCAGCGCAGCCUGGACUACGCCGGCUACAACAACAUGUACCACUACGCCUGGGGCGGCCACUCGGACAUCGACCUGAUGGUGGACGAGAGCGGGCUCUGGGCCGUCUACGCCACCAACCAGAACGCCGGCAACAUCGUGGUCAGCAAGCUGGACCCCGUGUCGCUGCAGGUGCUGCGCACCUGGAACACGAGCUACCCCAAGCGCAGCGCCGGCGAGGCCUUCAUCAUCUGCGGCACGCUCUACGUCACCAACGGCUACUCGGGCGGCACCAAGGUGCACUACGCCUACCAGACCAACGCCUCCACCUACGAGUACAUCGACAUCCCCUUCCAGAACAAGUACUCGCACAUCUCCAUGCUGGACUACAACCCCAAGGACCGCGCGCUCUACGCCUGGAACAACGGCCACCAGGUCCUCUACAACGUCACCCUCUUCCACGUCAUCCGCUCCGACGAGCUGUAGGGCCCCCGCCCGGAGCCAGGCCACGGCCCCGCCC